UGAACAUAGUUAAAGUUCCCUUUAUAUCUCACGCAACAUAAGAUCGGAAAAGUAGUCUGCUAUUAUUUGGAACUCGAAUUGAACGUAAAAUUUGUGGGUGCAUCGAUUAUCAUCGGGAUUAGUAUUAUCAGAUACUGUGAACAAAGUUUUGAGAAUAAUUUUUUCUCAGUAAAAAACGAGGUGUUGCGUGUUUCUAACCUUGACCUAACAUAACCGUUAAAGGACGCCAUAACUGCAGAUCUACGAGUCCCAUUUGACACGUUAUGUUUUAGCAGCUGUUUCAAUGACGUAUCGUAUUACGGUUUAAAGAACUAUGUUUUUUGUAGUCAUUUUGUACCAUAACUAGGAAUUACUUAUUGCUCCGAUCGAUAACACUAUCUGUAAAUUCAUUAGGGCAUAUCUAUGAAAUCGAUGUCCCAUUCUUAAUUCAAAGAAGGACGAUUUAUUAUAUCACCAGGGCUUUCUCAUUUAAAAAAAAAACCAACAGUGCACUUUUUGUAUUAAUUCCUUUAUUAACAACGAUACGUACUUUUUCCAUUCAUUAAAAUUCUACUGUAAUCCUGAAAGAAUGGCAUCGCUCUGUCAAAAUGCAAAGGUUUCCCGAGCUGACAAAUCCAGUACAAAACACACUUCUCCGGAUAUGACAGCCUCGAUAACAACAACUGCGAUACAAGAACGUGUGCAUAAGCGCUACGAUGAUAUUACAAAAUCUCAAAAUGACAAGAGAGUUUACAGGGGAUUAAUUCUGAGUAAUAGAAUGAAAGUGUUACUGAUCAGUGAUCCAACAACUGAUAAGAGUGCAGCAUCCCUAGAUGUUAAUAUUGGAUUCCUAAAUGAUCCUCCAGAGUUGCCUGGUCUGGCACACUUCUGUGAACACAUGCUAUUCCUUGGAACAGAAAAAUAUCCUAUGGAAAAUGAAUACACAGUAUACUUGUCCCAGAAUGGUGGCGCAAGCAAUGCAGCAACAUACUUAGACCAUACCAAUUACUACUUUGACAUAACACCAGACAAAUUGGAAGGCGCCCUAGAUCGUUUUUCUCAAUUUUUCUUGAAGCCAUUAUUUACGGAAUCAGCAACAGAGCGUGAACUCAAUGCAGUAGAUUCUGAACAUCAAAAGAAUGUAGUAGCUGAUACAUGGCGUCUUGAUCAAUUGGACAAAUCAUCCGCUGAUCCAAGUCAUCCAUAUUCAAAAUUUGGCACAGGAAAUAAGAACACUCUUGAUAUCAUUCCUAAGCAGAACAAUAUCAAUGUCAGAGAAGAACUUCUAAAGUUCCAUAAUAGUUGGUAUUCCGCUAACAUGAUGUCAUUAAGUGUGCUUGGAAAAGAGAGUCUCGAUGAACUUGAAAGAAUGAUCACUGAUAAAUUCUCUGAAGUAAAGAACAUAGAUGUUGAAGCUCCAAGGUGGCCAGAUCAUCCAUUCAACGAAGAACAUUUCCAGCAUAAGUGGUACAUUGUCCCCAUAAAGGAUGUACGCCAUCUGAAUAUUACUUUCCCUAUUCCUGAUUUACAAGAACAUUUCCGUGCGGCGCCAGCGCAUUACGUAUCGCAUUUACUCGGUCACGAAGGUGAAGGUUCUUUACUAUCAGCAUUAAAAGCAAAGGGCUGGUGCAAUUCGUUAAUGUCAGGAAAACGAACUGCCGCUAGGGGUUUCAAUUUCUUCAGUGUCUACGUUGACCUCACGGAAGAGGGUAUUGAACACGUAGACGACAUUAUUACAUUGAUGUUUCAGUAUAUAAAUAUGCUGAAAAAGGAAGGUCCUGUCAAGUGGAUAUUCGAGGAAUACAGGGAUAUUGCGGAAAUGAAUUUCCGAUUUAAGGAGAAGUCAUCGCCGCGUAGUUACGUGUAUGCGACGGUGCAAACACUUCAGGAGUAUCCUAUGGAGGAAGUCCUGAGUGCACCGCAACUCUAUACCGAGUGGAAUCCAGAAUUAAUAAAUUUGGUUGUGGACCACUUGACUCCUCAAAAUAUAAGAGUCCAAGUAGUUGGUAAACAAUUUGAGAAUAUUGCUACGGAGAGUGAGUACUGGUACGGGACAAAAUAUAAAAAGGAAAAGAUUUCUGAAGAUAUUAUAAGUAAGUGGAGCAACGCCGGUUUAAAUAAGGAUCUACGAUUGCCAAUGAAAAAUGAAUUUAUUCCAACAAGAUUUGAUAUUAAAGCUCACGAAUCAGAAGUAGAGAAAUUUCCUGUUAUCGUGGAAGAUACUCCAUUAAUGCGAGUUUGGUUUAAACAAGAUGAUGAAUUUCUUGUACCAAAAGCUAAUUUAACGUUUGAUUUCGUUAGCCCCCUAGCUUACUUGGAUCCAGUAAAUUGCAAUUUGACUUACAUGUUCGUUCAACUAUUCCGAGACUCCCUAAACGAGUACGCUUAUGCAGCAGACCUAGCAGGAUUAAAGUGGGAAUUAAAUAAUAGCAAAUAUGGAAUGUCUUUAGGAAUAGGAGGCUACGAUGACAAGCAACAUGUUCUCUUGGAAAAGAUUUUGGAUCGAAUGGUCAACUUUAAAGUUGAUCCCAAGAGAUUUGAGAUUCUAAAAGAAAACUAUAUCAGAGGCUUAAAGAACUUUGAAGCCGAGCAGCCCUAUCAGCAUGCUGUCUAUUAUCUUGCUGUUUUAUUAGCCGAGCAUGUUUGGGUUAAAGACGAACUCUAUGAUGCAAGUUCUCAGUUAACUAUCGAGAGAGUGCAGCAGUUCAUACCGCAGCUGUUGGGUAAGAUGCAUAUAGAGUGUCUGGUACACGGAAAUAUGACAAAAUCAGAGGCCUUGGAAACCGUCAAAGUUAUUGAAACGAAGUUGACAAGUACAGUACCGCACAUAACGCCUCUCCUACCAAGACAAUUGGUAUUAAACCGUGAAGUGGCACUCGAUGAUGGUUGCUACUUCCUUUACGAGGUAGAAAAUAAACUGCACAAGAGUUCCUGCACCGAAGUUUAUUAUCAAUGCAGUUUACAAUCCACUGAAUCAAAUAUGCUUCUAGAACUGCUGGUACAAAUAAUUUCAGAGCCUUGUUUCAAUGUUCUAAGAACAAAGGAACAACUUGGCUAUAUUGUGUUUAGUGGCGUAAGAAGAACUAAUGGGGCUCAGGGAUUACGAAUCAUCAUUCAAAGUGAUAAACAUCCAGAAUACGUAGAGCAAAGGAUUGAGGCAUUUAUCGACUCUAUGUUAGAUCACAUAAAAACAAUGUCUGACGAAGAGUUUAAUCGACACAAGGAAUCUGUAGCUGUUCAACGUUUAGAAAAACCUAAGAAGAUGAGUACAUUGUCUGCUGUUUUCUGGAUUGAAAUCUCAAAACAACAGUACAAUUUCGAUAGAGCAAAUAUUGAGGUGGCCCAUUUGAUGACAAUUAAUCGCGAACAAAUAUUAGAGUUCUUCAAGACUUCUAUACAUAAUCAGUCAUCGACUAGACAUAAGGUUUCGGUCCACGUUAUAUCAACUGCUGAAGGAGGUGCAGGAUUAUCCGAGAACAAAAUCCCCGAAGACGCUCUUCCACCAGGACCUGAGGCUGUGAUCAACACUCCUUGUAAAAUUGAUGAUGUUUUAUCCUUCAAAGCCAGUCAGUCUCUUUAUCCGUUGCUCAAGCCGUUUAUUAACGUGCCUAGAAAGGGUACACGGUCCAAACUAUAAAAACAUUAGGGUUCCCUUAUUUAUGUAAUUGACAUCCUGAGAAUCGGUGCGUCUCACAUUCCCCAAUCAAUUUACUCGGAGAUCUGGAUACUAGUUGAUAUCGAGGAUGACGAAUGUUCAUAAAAAUUGUACAUUUUCAUUGAUUCUUUAUAAUCCAGUGUGAGCAUGUUCUAUAGCACUGGUAAAUUAUCUAGUUCUUUUUUUCUGAUAAAUUUUUCUGCAAAUAAAUUAAACACAUUACAUCCCAAUAGCAUAUUUGAUGGGAUGUUAUAAGUUUAUAGGAAUAUUUAGAUAACUCGUACUGGACUUGAAAAUGCAACGAAUGUGUCGCUUAAGAUAAUAAGAAUAUUUUCAGUGGUAAAAAAAGAAAUAUACUUAAAAUAAUAAAUCAUGAUGAAGUACAUUUUACACGACCAUACGCGGCACGUGAGUCUUAUACAUUUGUUAUUCCAAAAAUGACUAUUACGAUCACCCAAUAAAAUUGAAGCUUACAGGAAGGUUUUAAAUUCCAAUCAUGAAGGAAACAGUAUUUUCGAUACUUCAAGUAUUAAAAUGAUAUAUCCGCGAAAUUCUCUUUCCAUCAAGAUAAAUGCAUAAUAUGUAACCGCGCGCUAUUCAAUACGUGUGUAACGUUAACCUUGUUUACCCCCAUAUUUUGUCUUCUUUCAUAAUUAACUGCACGAAACGAUUAUAGGCCAAGAAAAUUUAAAGAUAUCCAAGCGUGACGUUAUUUCUCGAUAACAAUUAUGUAAAUAAAGAUUAUUUUAAUCGUAA